CGUUUUCGGUCUUUUUCUUCCCUCCCGAAGUAGACACCUAACCUUGGUUGUACCUCGGAGCUGUCACCCUGUUUCUCUUCCUAAAGAGAACGUCUUUGAAGUGAAGGUGCUGACGUUCAGGAAGAACCGUCAACUAGAAUAGCAAUAGUUACUCAGACUUCUUAUAUCUGACUUCGCCAAGCGAACGAUUUUUAUAACGAAUCUGCUUUUUAAAAGCAGAAACUGAGCUGAAAUUGACCAGAAUGAGUUAUGCAGAAAAACCUGAUGAAAUUACAAAAGAUGAGUGGAUGGAAAAACUCAAUAACUUACAUAUUCAGCGAGCAGACAUGAAUCGGCUCAUCAUGAACUACCUCGUCACAGAGGGUUUUAAGGAAGCAGCGGAAAAGUUUCGAAUGGAGUCUGGGAUUGAACCUAGCGUGGAUCUCGAGACACUUGACGAACGAAUCAAAAUCCGAGAGAUGAUCCUGAAAGGCCAGAUCCAGGAGGCAAUCGCGCUGAUCAACAGCCUCCACCCGGAGCUCCUAGACACAAACCGGUACCUGUACUUUCACCUGCAGCAGCAGCAUCUGAUUGAGCUGAUUCGGCAGCGGGAGACGGAGGCAGCACUGGAGUUUGCCCAGACACAGCUGGCGGAGCAGGGCGAGGAGAGCCGGGAGUGCCUGACGGAGAUGGAACGCACCCUGGCCCUGCUGGCCUUUGACAGCCCCGAGGAGUCGCCCUUUGGGGACCUCCUCAACAUGAUGCAGCGGCAGAAGGUGUGGAGUGAAGUUAACCAAGCUGUCCUAGAUUAUGAGAAUCGUGAGUCGACACCCAAGCUGGCAAAAUUACUGAAACUACUACUUUGGGCUCAGAAUGAACUGGACCAGAAGAAAGUGAAAUACCCUAAAAUGACCGACCUCAGCAAGGGCGUGAUCGAGGAGCCCAAGUAGACCCUGUGCCGGGGACCCGCGCACGGCCACCACCCAGGACAUGUCACAGCUGCUGGUGGCCACGGGAUCUUUACUGCAGUAGAGAACUCCUUUUCCCCCUUUUCCCUUUUUUUUGAAUCGGCAUUUUUUCUGAAGAGGAAAAUGGCUCUUUUAAGUGCUGGAAAACCAUGCAGCAAAAGCCUCUGUGUCUGCCGUGCAUUCUUCCUGCUCUCAGGCUCUGGCUGCUGGAGGACUCGUUUACGUCGAGUGCUGUGUCCUGUGGGACAUCAGUCCCACGAGCCUCCUGCUCAGGAUGUGGAAAGCACCGGUCUGCCGCUCUCUGUUAGGUUGGAGGCAGAUAGUGUGCUUUCUCUAUUCUAAGGCUUGUCCAACUUUCGUCUAAAACUUUUUCUUACCGCUUGGUUUUUUGUUUGUUUUUUCAUAGGACAGAAUAUAUAAAUUUGUAAAUUCUAAUUCAAAGACUCAUGUGUGAGGGUAUGGAGUUUGAUUUUCUCCUCUUUUGUUUUUGGGUUGUGUGGCUUCUGGGGAGAUACGUAUGUGAGGAACAGGCUGCGUGAUUUUUAUUUUUUUAACGUAUAUUUUGGUGCUGUGUGUGAGAGACACGCUCACAGUGGGUCCACAGCCAUCUUUUUAAGGCAGUCUUGCUUGAAAUAAAGGCUUCUCUGAUUUUAAGAAUUACCAAAA